AGUGGAGAGAGGUGGAGGGGGCAGACUACGCGUGAGUUCGUGUACAAGAGAGGGGAGGGAGGAGAGAGAAACAGCCGCCUUCAAAAAUGGCGUCUUCAAGGGAAAAUGACUAAUAUUAUGAAAAAAGACGAGGCCGCGAUCUCAAAAUCUAGUUGGAUUAAAUCGCAAUUAGGACGUUGAUUAUUUUUUUAGUGGUAGUUUAUCGUCUCUUUCUCAAAACGCGAAAACAAAGGGAGGACGAAAAUAUGAAAAUAGAGCAACACCAUCUUAUUCGGAUGCGUCGACAGGGCUAGCUCGAUGCUAGCUAGCUCACAACAAAUUUGGGGUGGGAAUUUUUUUGCAUGCCAUAUCGUAAUGCAUUGAGAUUACACUUACUCCUAAUAUCGCGGCACACUUUGCUUGAGAAUUUAGGCUAUAAUGUAACAGCGGUUGAUCCACCCUGCGUGCGUGGCCAUUAGCUUACCUUUCGACUCAAGUAAAGUAAGCAGAGAGAGGGUAGAAGAGGCGGAGGAAAGGACGUGUACGGUCAUAUGUGUACAUCAGUAAUUUAUUGCUUUCCGAAUUUCAUUUUAUCAUCUUUUGCAGCACAGCUAUAGGUUUUCAUAGAGAAUGUUUUUUGUUUAAAGGUAGGGGAGGGAGAGUAAUACAGGAGGUAACGUUUUUUUUUAUUAAUCCAGAGGACGGUGAACACCCCCCUCUAUUACCCUCUCCUCCAUUUCUCUCCCUCUCAAUAUGCCGUAUUUCCACUCGCAUGGAUUUGCUUUUUGAACGGAGGAUAAUGAACAGAACCUGACAGUCACGAAGACCUAGUCUCACAGUCGGGAUUAUUGGAACCCGCGUUCCGCUGCCUCCAUCAGCUCUGUCGCACAUAUUUCACUAAUGGAUAGAAAUUACCCAGGAGCGGGCUUUGGUGAUCUAGGCGCAGGAGCAGGAUGGAGCUAUGAGAGAUCGGCGAAGGCAAGUCUGGUCUAUGGAAGCUCCAGGUCAUCGCAUCCAGAGUCAGACCUUCUUCACCGACAGGCCUAUGCCACACCCCACCCUCUGCAGGGCUAUGCAACUAAUCACCACCCAGGUAGCUCUGGACAGGGAGGAGCUUGGGGUGCAGCUGGGCGAAGUUUGGGCCUGUCAGGGUUGUUUGAUGCAGGGCUUCACCACGCCAGCCCCUCAGGUGCAGAUGCAUCCGUCAUGAACCUGAUAUCUGCCCUGGAGUCCCGUGGUCCUCAGCCGCCGCCUUCCGCCUCCUCCCUCCUCUCGCAGUUCCGCACGCCUUCCUGGCAGACUGCGAUGCACACCCCAGCCCCAGCUGAGCUCUUCAUCUCUGGCGCCCUUCCCGGAUCUGGCUCCUUCCCAUCAUCCUCCGCUCUGUCUGCCUAUCAGCACCCGGCCUCGUUCUCUGGCCGCUCCUUCCCCGGCGUCUCCUUGCAGGACACCUCCACCUUCAGCCCCACCUCCAACGGCCUCCUCUCCCCCCACGACCCGCUGCUACACAUCAAGACGCCCUCCCAGUCCAGCCUGGGCUUCGACCGGUUGCUGUCGUCUCAGGGCGCGGCGGCCUACCGUGGGGGUCACGACCCCACGGGGGGCAGUGUAUCGUCGGCCCAGGCGUCCGCUUCGGCGGCGGCGGCGGCAGCUGCCUCAGCCUCGGCGCGCCACCUCCAGUCGCACCAGUUCAACCUGCUGUCGUCCCAGCUCCAGGACCAGUCCUCGCAGCUGUACGGCGCCUCCGUGUUCUCCUCGGCGCCCGCCCCACCACCCCCGCAGCCGAGCAGCCAGGAGCGGACGGCGCCCCGGCAGGACAGCGUGAUCAAGCAUUACCAGCGGCCCAGCUCGGCCCAGGCCCCCUCGUCCACCCCGCACCCCCUCCAGCACUAUCUCAGCUGCGGGGUGUCCGGGUACCAACAGCCUCCUCCUCCCACUCACUCCCGUCACGGAGGCCUCUCCGCCUGCAGCCCGCUGGGGGAGCACAGCCCCUCGUCGGACCACAAGCCCUCCCCCAGGAUCGAGCAGUACCGGCCCAUCAUCCAACCCCCGUACCCUUCCUCCUCCUCUUCCUCAGGAGCUGCCGGAAAAGGGACGAAGAGCAACUCCAGCAGCGGCUACUCGUCCUCCGGGUCGGGGUCGUCGUCACGGACCCCUCACACUCCCCCUUCGGCGUCCUCUGCCUCGUCCUCCUCUUCUUCCUCAUCCUCUUCCUCCUCAGCGGCCGGCGUGCGACCAUCCAACUCCCUCCCGACCUCCAGCUCCACCUCGGCUCCAUCCCGCCAGCAGCCGCCCACUCAGUCCGCGCCCCCUCCCCCGCAGACGCACCCUCAGCCCGCACCCACCUCCUCCAACUCCACACAGCAGUCCAUACCCAAGUCCUGCCUGUCCGGCUACGGGUCUCCUGUGGCCUCCGUCAAGCCCUCGAGCAGCCUGACCGGUCAGACGCCACCCCAGCCACAGGCCCAGCCUCAGUCUUACUCCCCCGGUCAGCCACCGUCCUCCCACCUCUCACAGUCCUACGGGGGCUUCAGCUCCCCGCAGGCCCACGAUCUGCCCUCUGCCAGGGCCUCUGGCGUCAGCAAGGGCUAUGGCAGCAUGGGCGGACAGUCCUUCUCGGCCGACUCUGUGUACGGGGCGGAUUCUGGGUACGGCUCGUUGCCGCCCUCUCUGGGGGGUGCUGGGAGCCCAUCUAUGGGCUACGGAGCCGCCGGGCACUCCCCCGCUCUCCUGCGCUCCGGGGCAGGUGGCGGAUCGGCGGGUGGGGGCAACAGUGCUGGCAGCGGGGGCACCGGAGGUGGCAGCAGCGGAGGCGGUGGGUCCUACCACAUCCCUGACUCCAGCCCAUCUCCCUCCGGCAAUUCUGGAAUUAUCCGUCCAGGGCUGCACUCCCCCGUGCCCUCCAGGCCUGUCCAGUCGCCCGUAGGGGCCGCCGGCUCGAACAAGUACCUGUCAUCGGUCCUGUCUCCCUCCUUCCUGCCGUCGCCUCAGGGCUACCCUGACACACGGGGACCGCGCUCCCAGUCCUACCACCCUCCGCCUCCGCCCAAAUCCAAGUCGGACGCGGGCCUGCUCGGGGUGAACGAGAGGGCUCCGCCGGAGGACGACGACGAGGAGGACUUCCUCAUCCAGCACCUGCUCCAGUCUCAGAGCCCUGCGGCCCAGGCCUCCCACCACCACCCUCCGCCAACUGCCCAGCAGCAGCAGCAGCAGCCUGUGGCCUCAGCUCAGGACGCGGGCAAGGGUCUCGCCUACGAGAUGAGCAAGAGCUCAGAGGAGAGGUACCACCUCCAGAGUGUCAUCCGCACGCACAGCGCCACGUCCAACAGUGGCGUCUCUGGACCUGGCGCCAGUGCUGGCCUGGACAGCCAGCUGGAGAUGUCAUUGAAGAAACAGCAGCAGCAACAACACAAGCAACAUCAACAACAACAACAGCAACAGCAGCAGCAUAAGCAGCAUCAACAACAACAACAGCCACCGCAACAACACCAACCGCAACAUCAACAGCAGCAUCAGCAGCAACACCCACAGCAGCACCAUCAACAGCAGCAGAAGAGCAGCAGAUCCAUCAGCGGCCACAUCCGGCUGUCUCAGCCGGCGCCUGGGCACCACCCACACAGCUCUCACAGCUCCCACAGCUCACACUCCUCGCACACCCCACACUCCCCCACGCACCCGCACCUGCACUCCCACCCUCACAUGGAGCUCCAGAAGAAAGCCCAGGACUCGGCUGACAUGCAGCAGCAUAAGCAGCAUCAACAACAACAACAGCCACCGCAACAACACCAACCGCAACAUCAACAGCAGCAUCAGCAGCAACACCCACAGCAGCACCAUCAACAGCAGCAGAAGAGCAGCAGAUCCAUCAACGACGGACGGGGCAGUACGGACCAGACACACCCCCACUCGCACCACCACGACGCCCUGGGCUCCGUGGUCCACUACGGCCGCGGUGACCCCUACUCCCAGCAUCCGCUGUCUCAGCACGCGCCUGGGCACCACCCACACAGCUCUCACAGCUCCCACAGCUCACACUCCUCGCACACCCCACACACCCCCACGCACCCGCACCUGCACUCCCACCCUCACAUGGAGCUCCAGAAGAAAGCCCAGGACUCGGCUGACAUGGCAUACGUGUGCAAGACUCCCGAGGUGCCACCGCAGCAUCAUCAUUCGCACCAACACGCGCAGCAACAACAACAACAACAGCAACAUCAACAUCAACAACAACAACAACAACAACAACAACAACAGCAUACGCAACAACAGGCGCAGCAGCAGCAGCAACAGCAGCACCAUCAUCAACAGCAGCCUCCACCCCAGCACGCGCAACACCACCCGCAGCAGUCCCACCAGCAGCAAUCCCAGCAGCACCACGCACCGCAGUCGCGCUCGUCCCAGUCGCAGUCGUCCAUCUCCAUGAUGGACUCUCCGACUGAUCAGCCACGGCAGCCUCCACACUUGCUCCAGUCGGUGCUCUCCCACACCACGCGGAACAAGAUGGAUGCCCAGCAACAACAACAACAGCAGCAGCAGCAGCAGCACUCCAUGAGCCAGCAGCAGGCCAUGAUGGAAGCAGCGGCAGCCGGGGGAGUGGUGGCAGCGGAGAGCCAAGCCCGACAGCAGCAGCAGACCUCCCAGCUGCAGCUCCAACUCCAGUCCCAGGCUUUAGAGUCAGUGGGCCACUACGGGCGUGGGUCUCAACAGCAGCAGCAGCAGCAGCAGGACCAGUCGCGGUCCAAAUCCUCGACGGUGUCGUCCCUGGACAUGCUGGAGCGCUCCCUCUCGCGGACGUCCAGCACGGAGGGCGGCAUGGGUGACGAGAGAGGCAGCGGCGGGGGAAGCGGUGGACGAGGCAUGGGAGCUCGGGGAGAGGCCGGGAGCGCGGGGUCCAUGGACCGCCACCGAGCCCAGCAGGAGCAGCAGCAGAGACACCCGUCUCACCACGCUCAGCAGCACCACGCGUCCGAGCUGCACUCCUACCUGUCGGAGCCGGACCUGGGCCUGUCGGCCGCUGCUGCCCACGGGCACCACAUGCCCACAUCGCACCACCAGGCCCCUCCACCGCCACACCCAAACUCCCACCACCAACACCCCCACUCACAGCAGCAGCAGCAGCAGCAGCAGCACCCCAGCGCCCAGAACCACCCGCACCACAUGUCCAACUCGCAGGCCACGGGGUCAGCCGCCCAGCAGCAGCAAGACAGGCCUCACCCCGGUCACUCGGCCCAGCUCCAGCAGCCGCCUCCGCUGGACCAGGCCCACCAGGCGGCGGAGCAGCACCAGUACGGCACGCGGAGCCCGGCGGUCAAGUCCGGUGGCAUGGGCCAGGGUCAGCCGCAGAAUCAGACGCAGCAGAGCCAGAGGUACGUGCCGCUGCCGUCCAUCUGCUUCCCGGACUCGCUCCUGCCGGACGAGGACCGCUCCUUCUUCCCGGGGAUGGAGGACAUGUUCUGCCCCGACGAGUACAAGUCCAGCUGCCACGGAGGCGAGAACCAGGGGCAGGAGGCAGUGCCUCAGGGCCACGGGGGGCAGGAAGGCAUGGAGGGCAUGAAGGGGGCAGGAGCAGGCAGAGGAGACGGUACUGAAGCUGGUUAUGACAUGCUAGGACACCACAGUGACCAAGGGUAUGGCCAGUACUGCCCCGACCUUUCCGAGUCUGACAACGGAACCAUGCACUUGGACCUGGACUCACUGAAGACUCACGAGCUGCCGUCCACUGUCAACACAGAACAACUUGGCCUGAUUCAGUCCCAGCCGCAGGGUCUUGGCAUGGGCGGCGCCGGAGCCAUGGGCGACGGGCCCGGGAACAAGAUGAGCAGUGCUGCUGGUUCGGGUCCGGGCGCGGGUGGACUCACCUCGCCGAUCUUCUGCUCGUCCCGACCCAAGAAGCUCCUUAAGUCCAGCUCCUUCCACCUCCUCAAGGAGAGGCCCGACCCCAACUCGAUGCCCAAGAAGAGCUACGCGCAGGAGUACGAGUUCGAGGACGAUGAGGACAAGGCCGACGUUCCCGCCGACAUUCGCCUGAACAGCCGCCGGCUCCCGGAUCUGAUCCCCGACCUCGUCUCCAGCUGCCGAAAGUCCGGCGGAGGUGGGAUGGGAGGCGGCGCCAUGAACCCGCUCAUGGAGGACCUCGAUUUCGGGUACCCCUCUCUCGGCCCUCCCCCUCAACUGCUGCCCCACGACGGGCCCAAGAAGAGGGGCAGGAAGCCCACCAAGCCCAAACGGGAAGGACCCCCACGGCCGCGGGGUCGUCCGCGGAUCCGCCCGUUGCCCGAGCCCCACCUGUCGAGGAGCAUGAUGGGUGAGAUGGGGACGGGCUACGUGCCCCCGGAGAGGGGCAGGGGCCGUGGACGAGGCAGAGGCCGAGGGAGGCGGGAGGAGGCCAUGAUGGACAUGGAGAUGACGCAUAAGGAGCAGAACCAACUGUAUCAUCAACACAUGCAGCAGCAGCAUCACCAUCACCAACAUCAGCAACAACAACAACAACAACAUCAUCAUCAUCAACAACAACAUCAACAGCAACAACAGACGAUGCCCCAUCAGCACCAGGAACCCAUUAAACCCAUUAAGAUCAAACUGCCCAUCAGCUCGGUGCCGUCCUCUGAUGCUCUGCUGCGGACGGACUCCCUAUCUGGCACCGACCAGGCCCUCUCUGACGGUUCCGUUGGGUCCGCUCCCUCUCUGGGCCUCAGUCCAGGGACCCCUGGCCCACCUGACCUCAACAGAAGCCAGGAGAAGGGCAAGUCCAAAAGCCAGGAGGCUGAUGACAAAGAGCCAGAGAAGUCUGGCUUUAUGGCAUCUUUCUUGGACUUCCUGAAGUCAGGCAAGAAGACUCCAGGGAUGGGGAUGCCCCCAUGUCCCGGGGUCGGCCCUGGCAACGGGGACGCCUCUCCGGGUAAGACGGGUGGGAUCCGUCCCCUCUCUCCCCCUCCGCCCCCACCUCCACCACCCCCAGCGUCCGGCGGCUUCGGGGAGAGUGAGGGCGACGGCAGCCUGUCGCUGGGCAGCUGCCCGAGCCCAUGCAAGCGCCUGGACGAGGAGCUCAAGCGCAACCUGGAGACGCUGCCGUCGUUCUCCUCGGACGAGGAGGACUCGGUGGGCAAGAACCAGGACCUGCAGAAGAGCAUUUCGUCGGCCAUCUCGGCGCUCUACGACACUCCCCAGCUCAGCACCUCGUCGUCCCUCUCGGCGCCCUCCCUGCCCCCUCCGCCUCCUCCACCUCCCCCUGCACCGCUCACCCCGACCCAGCAGCCCCCGGCCCUCAGCCCCCAGCCCCCGACGCACACCCCGCACGGGCAGUCGGCCCACGGCCUCGGUCAGCACGCGGAGCCUGCCGUGCUUGAGCGGGAAGAGGCACCGGAGGAAGAGCCAGAGGAGGAGGAGGAGGAAGAGGAGGAGAUGGAGCAGGAGUCAGAGGAGCAGCAGCAACAGCAGCAGCAGCAGGAGGAGCUGCGUCGGGAGGAGGAAGAGGAGCGAAAGAACAGCGAGGAAGAGGAUGAGAAGGAGGACACUGAGGAGGACCGAGUUCCUGAGCUGGAGAUGCUGGGCGUUCCAAAGGUCGGAGACUCUCCAGAACACACUCCUCUGCCAACUGGCCCCUCUUCUCCUCCUCCCCUCUCUCCUUCCUCCGCUUCCUCCUCUCCCUCUCCUCCCCCGCUCCCUCCUCUCUUCCUCCCGUCACCCCUUCCACAAGAGGAGGAGGAGGAGGAAGAGGAGGAGGAUGCUCCGCAGCCAGACAAGGAGCAGCAGUCAUCGGCGGCGUCCUCUCCCGCUCCCUUGAGCCCGCUCGCUCCCUCCAUCCCCGUCCUCUCGCCCCCACCACCGCCCUUGGUGGCCCUCGGCCCAGCGGUGCGCCCUCGGCUUCCGGCCGCCCCACCUCCCGCCGAGUCGUCGCCCUCCCCCAGCCACUCGGGGGCAUCAUCGCCCUCGCCCCCACCCCCGGCCCCUACGCCCCCUCAGCGGACAGCGCCGGCCCUGGUGGCCCCCGAGUCUCCGGAGGAACCGCCCACGCCCCAGAUCCUGCCGCUGCACCUGGCGCAGAAGCAGGCAGGCCAUCACCAUCACAGCCCGAGGCGGGGAGGGGGCGAGAGUGAGAGUGGCGGCGAGGGCAUCUUCCGCGAGCGCGACGAGUUUGUGGUGCGCAUCGAGGACAUCAAGCAACUCAAGCUGGCACUGCAGACUGGCCGAGAGCCGCCGCCUAUCUGGAGGGUGCAGAAAGCGCUGCUGCAGAAGUUCAGCCCCGAGAUCAAAGAUGGCCAAAGGCAGUUCUGUGCCACCAGCAACUAUUUGGGCUACUUUGGCGAUGCGAAGAAACGGUACCAGCGGUUGUACGUGAAGUUCCUGGAGAAUGUGAACAAGAAGGACUACGUGAGGGUCUGCUCCCGCAAGCCAUGGCAUAGACCCUCUGUCGCACUCAGGCGCCAGUCCCUCCAGAGGAUGGCUGCCCCUGCCAACAACCAGUCGGCCCCUCUCGUGGAGAAGGAGGAGAAGCCAAAGGAGAAGCAACGGUCUCCGACCGAGGCGGUAAAGUCGAAAAAGAGGGCCUUGAAAGAGAGGGAGCGGAGAGCCCAGCCGGCGAUGGAGAAGGCCGAGAAGAGGGUCACGACGACGACGCCGGCGGCCGCCGAACGCACGAAGGCGAAGGAGGAGAAGAAGGGAGGCGGUGGAGAGAGGAGGUCGGAGCGUCCCUCCAAACCGGUCCAGGUCAAGGCCAAGGCCGAACCUCCGCCGAAGAAGAGGAGGAAGUGGCUGAAGGAGGUGCCGUCAUCAUCCUCAUCCGACUCCUCGGCCAGUGAGGAUGAAAUAUCUGUGCGAGGUGGGCUGAACACGCGUGCCAUGAGGGAGAUGUUCCGCAGCUACGUGGAGAUGCUGGUCAGCACGGCACUAGACCCCGACAUGAUCCAGGCGCUGGAGGACACUGAAGACGAGCUGUACCUCCCGCCCAUGCGAAAGAUUGACAGCAUCCUCGGCGAACAGAAACGGAAGCUCCUGAGGAGAGUCAACAUGAGCUCCCAACACCAGGAAGCCCUUCACACCUUCCCUCAAAUAUCUGCCGACCCGCUUGAUUCUGGAACAGUGAGGGUCCGGCUAGGCGGCGAGGGCUACAAUCGCAAAACCCUGAACCGUGUCAAAAAGAGUCUGCCCAAACCACAGGACCUUAAACUGUCGACUGAAACGUGUCGCAUCUACAGCCUCUAUCAUUCUCUUCAUCAUUAUAAAUACCACACAUUCCUACACUGUAAAAAAGAGACUGACAGUAUAGAGCAAGCUUCAGAAGACCCUGGCCAAGAGGAGGUGGUGCAGCAGUGUAUGGCCAAUCAGAAUUGGCUUGAGACCCUUUUCAACUCCUUUAUCGAGCUCAUGGCCCUCAGCUCAAAAGCGUAAGAGAGGCAGCAGGAGCGACGAAGUGGGUCAAAGUGCUGCCCUCUAGAGCCCUGGCUGAUGUAGUGCAGGCAGAAGGACUACGAGGACAGGAGAAAUGAAAUUUUAGAACAAUUUCAUAGGCGAGAUUUGGAAACUGCUGCCAUGCCUCGGAUUUGUUCUGGAAUAUUACACAAAAAUCUGCCUGACUUCAAGGCAUCAGUGCGAAACAUAAAGUGGGUCGUAAAAUAUCCUUUUUGAAACUGAUUCUUAUAGCUUCAGCACCUGACAAGAAAUGGGACUGAGGGUGACAUGGUGAAGAAGCUCACCGUCUCCACUCUCCGUAGUGAGAUUCACAUGACUGAAAAGAGUAAGAGGCUAUUGUGAAACAGGAGCCAUCGCAUUUAAAAGAUAAACAAGCAAACUAAAUGGGGGAAAGGACAAAACGAUGAAGGUGAAGAAUGCAACAGUGUGGUUUGAGUCACAUGUUGCAAAAAGAGAAGAAAAAAAAACGUUGAUGCAAAAAGACAGAUAUGAUACGGCACUGUGAACCAUGAUAUUCAAGGAAGUAUGGAAUCACAUUUCGAUGCAAAAGGAGACUUUUUUUUUGUUGUCGUUUUGUUUUUUUGAGAGGGCGCUGUGAGUCAGUUGAUUCAUUGUGCACUUCUUUACUGACAGCGUGAACUGGUUCUGAACAAUGGUUAGAGAGUGAAACUGUUACUGUUUUACACAGAAUUAUUUUUUAAAAAAUAAUAAUGGUUUUAUCCUACUCUGUGAGGGACACUACAGAGCAGGUGAAAAGACUGGUAGUGUUUCUAAUGACGAGUGAAGAAUGCAGUGAGAUUUUAAAAUGGACUCGGAAAGGAAGGGUGACGGGAGGGGGGGUAAAUAUGUAUUGACAUUCAAUGCUUCAGGCAAUGUGAGUGCUGUGUAUGAUGUAGAAUAAUACUAUACACGCAUUUUUAUUAUUUAUACGAAAGACGUUUUUAACAGGAACUCACAUGAGAGAAACACAUUCAUUAGCCCUUGAAGUAACUCUUUUUCAUUUGUUUGUUUUAUUUGUUUGUUUCCAAAGGUUACAAAUGAAAUGUUUUUGCCUUUACACUCUGCACGAAGGAUUUGCGUUCAAGGAGGACUUAAAGUGGCGUCAGUUUUAGUGUUUUUGUUUCCUUUUUAAAAAUAAGAUGGAGAGUGUGUGGAGGAAGAGAGAAAAAAGUUAAAUAUAUUUGAAAACUAAACAGCAUUGUAGGCUAUAAUUUCAUUCAUUCAUUCAUCCAUUCAUUCAUUAAAAAAAUAAAUAAAAAAAACAAAACAAAAAAAAACGGUUGUAAGAGAGCUUCGAGAAGCAUUCUGCUCCCACAAGGGAUGGUUUAUGUACGCGUAAUAUUUAAGGAUGUUUUCAUUUUAUCCGCUUGUUGUUUGUUGGUAUCAUGAGUAUUAUUUUGGAACAAUCUUAAUAUUUCUGUUUUCCCCCUGAAAAACAGCCUUGUGUAAAUAUUGUACAGCUUCUGCCACGACCCCCUCUGCUUCUCCUGAACAUGGACUAUCCUUGUAUUUGACAAACAAAUAAAAAACCUUCAAAGUGGAGUAACAUCA